AUGCGAAGGAUCUAUUGCAUCAGAUUGCGCCACAGAGUGUCAAGGCUGAGAAACCUCUCCUCGAAGGACUUACUGCUAGUCAGUGAUGCAUAUUCAGUUUAUUCGAUAUUAUCUGAUUUUUCACUAGUACAGAAAGAUUUACAUCAUUUGCAUCAGACAGCGGACAAGACGACAGCAGCAGUUGAAAACAUGCGCUCAGAGCAAAACAUUCUUCUCGUCCGUAUUAGAAACGAUAUGCACGAUAUAAAGUCUAGCAAAGGCGAAGAUUUGGCUGUCGCUCGCAGUCCUCAAUUUGUUAUGCCAUUUACCUCCGACGCCGAUUUUGUUAACCGAUCCGACAUUUGGACAUGGAUUGAAGAACAGCACGCUGGACCUGUGAGCCGCUUCGCUCUGGUGGGCCUUGGCGGGUUUGGUAAAUCCCAGAUGGCUAUCCAGUUCGCCUACCAUCUUCGCGCUGUCGCCCCUAACGCCAGCAUUUUCUGGGUUAACGGUAGCUCGAAAGCGACAUUCGAAGAAUCCUACCGUAACAUUGCAAAUGUUCUAGCGCUUCCGCGUCGGCACGACCCUGAUAUUGAUAUCCUUGCGCUAGUCCGCGACUGGCUACAGAGAGAGGAUGCAGGCACAUGGCUGAUGAUUGUUGACAAUGCAGAUGAUAUGGAGGUAUUUUUCUCGAAAGAAAGUGAUCAAUAUGAUGCGCAGUUGCCUGUAGCAUCAUAUUUACCUAAAACGGAAACCGGCAAAAUCCUAGUCACAUCCCGCAGCUGGGACGCUGCAGAGAGGUUAACGGGCAACGGCAAGGCGAUUCUCAAAGUCCCUACAAUGGAGGAAGCACAAACACUACAGCUUCUCAAAAAGAAGCUAGGGUCGGAUAUCGACGAAGCUGCGGCGUUGCGCCUGAUUCAAACUCUCGAAUACAUUCCGCUCGCCGUAAGCCAAGCAGCGGCAUACAUCCAUAAGCGAAGCGGCCGGGUGACCAUCCAGUCAUACUUGGAAGAGUUUCAAAAGAGUGAAAACAGAAAGGGUACUCUCCUUCGCAGCGAUCGAGGGGAUAUUCGACGAUACGAGGGCGUGUCGAAUUCUGUAAUAGUUACUUGGCAGGUGACGUUUGAGCAGAUCAAACGGGAGCAGCCUCGGGCGGCGGGCCUUCUUUCACUCAUGAGUUAUUUCCAGGCACAAAACAUCCCCGAAUACAUGCUGCAUGACUACAAAAUCAGCGCAGCAGACGCUAAAGAGAGUGAUAACGAAGGCGAAGAAAUAGGCUCUAGCGAUGAUUUUGAGGACGACUUGGACGUUCUUCGAGGAUAUUCACUUGUGACGUUGACGUCUACGCUAGGAUUCUGUGAGAUGCAUUCAUUAGUACAAUUUUGUACAAAGAUCUGGAUUUCGAAAUUUGGCGACUCAAGGCGGUGUGAAAGACUAUUUCUUAAAUCUGCAUCACUUCACUUUCCAUCAGGUGUCUUCGAAACGUGGGAGCAAAGUCAAAUAUUGAUGCCCCAUAUACAACCACUAUUAGAAGAUGAGCCCAUAGAGGACAGGGGCCGGUUGGAAUGGAGCGAAUUACUGACGAAUGUAUCUUGGUACAUCCUGAUGCAGGGUGAAUAUGAUAGGGCCGAGGCCGUGGUGCAAGAGGCUGUAAGAGUUCGCAAAGAUAUUCUAGGUCCGGAGCAUCCCUCUACGCUAACCAGUAUGGCCAACCUAGCGUCGACAUACAGGAACCAGGGCCGAUGGGAAGAGGCUGAAAAGCUAGAGGUUCAGGUGAUGGAGACGAGUGUAACGAAGCUCGGGGCCGAUCAUCCCUCUACGCUAAGCAGUAUGGCCAACCUAGCGGCGACAUACUGGAACCAGGGCCGAUGGGAAGAGGCUGAAAAGCUAGAGGUUCAGGUGAUGGAGACGAGAGUAACGAAGCUCGGGGCCGAUCAUCCCGACACGCUAAGCAGUAUGGCCAACCUCGCCUUCACAUGGAAAGAUCAAGGCCGGCGAGAUGACGCUAUUCAACUGUUACAAGACUGUGUUGACCGAAGGCAGCGCUGUCUUGGUAUUGAUCACCCCGACACAGUAUCUGCUAAGUCGAACUUGGUGGAGUGGACAGAAGAAUCAGAUGGAGACUGGACAGACGAAUCAGACUGCUAG